UGAUAAUAUUCAACAAUUUCGUAAGGGUUAUCUGUUGAAAGAAUCAUCAGGUGAGAACACUUGUUGACAUGGAAUGUUUUAUAAAUACAAGCAUACAUUUAUAUACAUACAUAUCCAGACAUAAAGCCAAGUCACACCGCUAAACAGCUCAUUGCGAAGUCAGAUCUACACCUUAUCCGACAUGGUAUACGUCACGGAAGAUACUUUUGCUGCCGCUGCAGUGAAUCCUUUCACCAAGAAGACGGAGAAGAUUCGAAGAUUUACGCUGAGCAAUGAGGAGCAAAUGUCUGUACAGAUAAUUACCCUCGGCGCCACCAUCAGCAGCAUAAAAGUGCCAGACGCUCAAGGUCAGGUGGAGGACGUGACCCUUGGAUUUGAUGACUUGGCCGGGUAUCAAAGUGACAAGAAUCCGUAUUUUGGCGCCACAAUUGGCCGCGUUUGCAAUCGCAUUGCAAACGGCAAAUUUGUGCUGGAUGGAAAACCUAUCGAAGUUUCUCGCAACAGGGGCGAGUUCCAGCUGCACGGCGGGUUCGUUGGAUUCGACAAAGCUCACUGGGAAGUUGUGAAAGUCCUCUCCAAUGGCGUCAGCAUGAAGCAUACCAAUCCCGAUGGCCACGAAGGUUAUCCCGGUGAGGUGACAGCAACAGCAACAUUUACGCUCACCGAAGACAACUGUCUGCAUGUGUCCAUGGAUGCGGUGACCACGAAACCAACACCCGUUAAUCUCACCAACCAUUCCUACUUCAAUCUGGCUGGACACAAGGCAGGCAAAGCUGGACUUGAUGAGCAUACGGUUGAGAUCAACGCCUAUGGCAUCACAGAGACGGACUCGAAUUCCAUUCCCACUGGCAAUAUCACGCUGGUGGACGGCAGUAAAUUUGAUUUGCGUGUUGCCAGUAAGCUAGGGAAUCGCCUCCGGCAAUUGGAGCCCGCAAUUGGAUAUGAUGACAACUUCUGCGUGAAAUUCACGCCACCAGAGUCCAUUUCCAAAAUUGCCAAGGUCGUACAUCCACCAAGCGGUCGCUGGAUGGAAGUGGCAAGCAAUCAACCUGGUGUACAGCUCUACACUGGCAACUUUUUGCCCAAUAAGGAAGUCGGUGAGACUCCCGUAUCCGGCAAACAAGGCGCUGAAUACACCAAGCAAGGUGCAUUCUGUUUGGAAACUCAAAAGUUUCCUGAUUCGGUAAAUCAUGAGAAUUUCCCCUCAACCAUUUUGCGACCUGGCGAAAAGUACCACCAUGAAGUAAUCUACAAGUUUGGAAAGCUAAGUUCCAGAUAAUACAUCAUUGUUAUAUAUUCCAAAAGCUAAUGCCAUGUAUGCAACUAACCCUCUCUAUACAAACCAAUCUAAUAGUUUGUAAUACUAUAUUCAGUAACAAGUGUCAAAUAAUAUAUAUUAGUUAUAGGCCCAAAGAUAAUGGCAUAUAUGCAACUAACUCCCUGUAUACAAACAAAGUUCUUACUAAUAAAUUGAAAGCACCUAAAA